GUUGUUUAUGUGGAGUGCUCGGUAAGGGUUCCGCCCACUGAGGUAUCUCCGAUCGCAGGGCAGACAGGCAGAGAGUGUAAAAUGGCGCACAGCUGUCGGUGGCGGUUCCCUGCUCGGCCCGGAGGGAGCAGCAACUCCGGUACCGGGAGGAGAGCGGGCCGAAUCAGGGUUACUGCCUCUUUGCGGAGUGUCUCGGGAGCCCACCCUAAUGCAGCUGGGCUCGGACCUGGGUUUGAUGCUGCACUACAGGUCUCUUCGGUUAUCGGGAGCAACCUGCAGAAAUUUCGGGAUGUUUUGGGGGAAUCGAGCGACUCUAGCAGCACGGAGGAAGAAGCAUUUGAAGGAUUUGGACCAGUUGUUGAACAGAAGCGAAUACAGAGCCCUUCAACAACUUCCUCAGCAGGCCCACCUAUACAGGAGAAGAAGCCAAGAGGGCGCCCGCCACGGGUCCUGUCCGCCCAGAAAAUUGCUGCAAGUCUAUCUUCCCCAUCAUCCUUUCCCUCCCCAACACAGGACAAACCUGAGGGACCUGAAAGACCAGCUGAAAGGGUGAAAAGGCUACCUGGGAGGCCACCUGGCACCGGAGAAAAGAGAAGAGGCCGACCCCCUUCUUCAAGUAGCAAGAAAGCUUGGACUACGGGAAGCCAUGCAGCAGGGGAGGACACCAGGCAGGUUGGGUUUGAGCUGGACACAGAGGAGGACAAGGACAGAAAGGGUGGCAAGAAGGUCCCACUGGGCUCUACUCAGCCACAUGAUACUGAGGCGAGGUUUUCCAAAGGUGGACGGGGUGAAUCCAAAGUUACCAACCUGAAGAGGCUGACAGAGACUAAGCUCACCCCUCUGAAGCCACGCCUCAAGACUUUGCCUGGUGUUCCCCGACGCAGACGUGGACGACCACCAUCAGCUGAGCGGCUCAAAGCUGAAGCAGCAGCAGCAGCUGCUGCUGCCCAGCUGUCUACCUCCAUUGAAUGUGGGGAAGGGAAACAUAAAACGUUCAGGGUCAGAGGUGGGGCCGCAGAAUCACACACACCUCAGCAGCCCAUGCUAAGGAGUGUGGAUGGCACUGAGGACCAAGACUCUUCCAAUCCACCUGCCUCCCCACCUCCCUCCAAGCCAGGCAGAGCGGUGGGCCUCAGAAAAAGCCCUCGGCACAGAAAGCCGGUCAGAAUCGUUCCCCCGUGUAAGCGCCCUGAUGCAACCAUUGCCAAACAGCUGCUGCAACGUGCUAAGAAAGGAGCACAGAAGCGACUGGAGAAAGAAGCUGUAGCCAUUGGGGGUAGUGGGGGAGGAGCCAUUGAAGCUGGCAUCAGGAAGACCCCGCUGAAGAACAUCAGGCAGUUCAUCAUGCCCGUGGUCAGCACUGUCUCCCUUCGCAUCAUCAAAACACCCAAACGCUUCAUUGAAGAUGAGGGGAGUUUUGGAACCCCAGCACCCCAUACAAAGAUACCCCGCUUAGACACAGCCCCUUCAUCUGUCGCCACUUCUGCCCAACCUGCCUGCACCACUUCCUCAUCCCCUUCUCCUGUGCUUGUCUCCUCUACAUCUGCUGUUACUAGCGCUGGUACCACUGCCCCGACUGACUCUCUCCCGCCUCCUUCAUCUCCUGCCCCUGUUCCCUCUGUUCCAUCAACAGCUGCCGGUCUUCUUAAUAGCAGCAACAGCAACACAGCCAAUGGGAGAUUCAGCAGUAGCGCGCCAUCUUGCGGCUCAAGUGCUGUGUCACAGCAUUCCUCACAACUCUCUUCUGCAGAGUCUUCCAGGUCCAGCAGCCCGAGCUUGGAUGACUCAUCGUGCAACUCCCAGGCUUCGGAGGCCACGCAGGCUUUGUCAGAGCCAGAGGAUCAUUCUCCGUCCUCACAGGGAGAGAGGGAGGCCAACCUGCUACACACCUCACAGCCUGCCUCUCCUCCCUCUGAACCAGAGGCAGAGCAUGUGCUGGCAGAGAGGAAUCGACGAGGCCGGAGAGGGCAGGGGGUCAGCCAGGUGGGUCAGAAACAGAGGGGAAGAGAGACGCUCACCACUGGGAUCAAAAAGCCAAUCAUCAGCCCACCAACAGGAGUGCUGAUGUCCUCCUCUGCACUUGUAAAUUCCCAGCAAGCUUCAUCCACAGCUUCUUCGUCUUCUUCACCUCCCCCUCUCCUCACCCCUCCACAGCCUCCCCAGUCAACCUCCACUGGUACAGCUGCUAUUAGUGAACACCACCCCCAGUCGUCUUGGAUGCCUCACCCCAUCCCGCCAUUCCUCCCUGGACCGUCAGUGCUGCCCAGCUUGUCAGACAAAAGAAGUCGCUCAAUUCUGAGAGAGCCCACCUUCCGAUGGACAUCCCUGUCCCACCCCAAACAGCAGUACUUUUCCUCUGCUAAAUAUGCCAAGGAGGGCCUUAUACGCAAGCCGGUAUUUGACAACUUCCGUCCUCCACCUCUCACACCUGAAGACGUCGGGCUGGGUGUUGGUGGGGCAGGGGGAGCUGCUCCGGUUGCAUUUCCAGCACCGGUCACCGGAGCAGGAAGUGGGACUCGUCUGUUUGCCCCUCUUCAUCCCCACGCUCACCACCAGCACCCCCCAUCAUCCCGCUUUGACGCACCACUUCAAAAGCGCAGCCCGUUGCUUCGUGCUCCACGCUUUACACCCAGUGAGGCUCACUCUCGGAUAUUUGAGUCAGUUACCCUGCAGUCAUCUUCGGGGAGCAGCCCUGGAUCAAUCUCCCCACACCAGACGCCACCCAGCUCCACCAGAACCCAGCGGCGUAGGAGACGGCCGGUUCCGGGAACACUACGUGGCCAUCCACGGUCUCCAUCACACUCGAUGACCAGACGCAGCAGCCAAAUAGGAGGCCAGAUGUCCAUGGGGAAAGGGGCCUCAGAGAUAUCUGUGCUGCAAGGCUCUGCCUCCAGUAGUAACCCCAGCUCUUUGCCAGGGGUAUCUGCAAGCCCACUAGCCACUAGUGCCUUAACUUCUGCUCCUUUCAACACUUUCUCCACGGUAUCACACGGUAUACUGGCCUCACAAGGAACAGCCGAUAAUCGAAGAGGGACCACUGGAAACCCACCUCCCAUGUCAGCUGCAUCAUCCGGUUCUUCCCCACUUUUCCCUCUCUUUCCUCCCAGUGGCCAAGACACAGGGCGAGGAGCUGGGAAGGGAGGUAAAGAAAAAAGUUUGUCCACUCCCCAGGAACCCGCUCAGAAGGAAAAAGAGAGAGAUUCUGAGAAAAAUCGUGAGAAGGAGAAGGAGAAUAAGAGAGAAGGGAAGAAGGAUUUGGAGAAAAGAAGUCGGGUUUCUACACCAGAUGGCUCCCCUAAUGCACCUUCUAGUCUGUUUACUGUAGAUGGGAGGGACUCUGAUGGUCUUGCUCCAAAAAAGGCUCCGGGGAGAAAAAAAUCAACAUCAGCUGACAUGGUUUCUGACACCGCUUCCUCAGAUGUGCCACCUUCCACUGGUCCUGUGUCCUUUACUAAAGGACGUCUGCCUAAGAAAGGCAGGCCCUCUGAGAAGGGAGCAGAGAUGGAGGAUGGGGAAAAAGAGAAAGAGAAAAGAAGUACUCCCAGCCAAAAUACAGCAAGCCUCCCAGUGCAUCCCAGCAGACAACAGCUUCCUAUUUCCCCUAUUGGAAAAUUUUUAUCAAAUUCAGAGAAACACCCUGUGACUGACAAGCGGGUAGUUGGACUACUGAAGAAGGCCAAAGCCCAGCUCUUUGAGAUAAAGAAGAACAAGCUAAAACCUACAGAUCAGACAAAGGUCCAGGGUCAAGAGAGUGAUUCGUCGGAGGCAUCAGUCCGUGGACCGCGCAUCAAGCAUGUAUGCCGUCGUGCAGCUGUGGCUCUUGGCCGUAACCGGGCGGUGUUCCCUGAUGACAUGCCCACACUUAGUGCCUUGCCCUGGGAGGAGAGAGAGAAGAUCCUAUCUUCCAUGGGGAAUGAUGACAAGUCUUCAGUUGCGGGCUCAGAAGAGGCAGAGCCUCAGUCCCCUCCCAUAAAGCCACGGGAGACCCGGCAAAAGGCUGUUCAAGAAGCUCCUCCUAAAAAGGGCCGACGGUCGCGGCGCUGUGGCCAGUGCUCAGGCUGCCAGGUUCCAGAAGACUGCGGUGAAUGUACCAACUGUCUGGAUAAGCCUAAGUUUGGAGGGCGAAACAUUAAAAAGCAAUGCUGCAAGAUGAGAAAGUGUCAGAACUUACAGUGGAUGCCCUCAAAGAUUCUUCAAAAGCAAGGUAAAGGCAAGAAGGACAAGAAAAAGAGGCCACCGGAGAAGAAAGACAGUCUCAAUCCGGUGAAAGGACCAAACUCGGACUCUGGCCCCAAACCCAUUCCUGCUCCAGCAAAAGAGGAGCCUCCCCGUAAAAAGAGCCCUCCUCCUCCUCCUCUAAGGCAGGGAGAGGAGAAGUCAAGACAGCCAUUAUCCAAGCAAUCAUCGCCAGCCCUCGCAUCCUCCCCUGCCCCGGCCGAUCCCCCUCAGGCCUCCGCCGCAUCCACAGCCCAGGCUCAGUCUCCCGCACCGACGUCAGAUCCCAAGCAGCUCACGGUCCCAAGCGCUGCCCCCGGUAAAAAGGGGCACAAACCACAGCAGCCUGUACCGGCUUCCACCUCCACGUCAUCUUCUUCCACUUCAUCAUCUUCUUCUUCAUCCUCAUCAUCUUCUUCUUCCUCCUCCUCCUCUUCCUCCUCUUCAUCGUCAUCUUCAGCACAAAAUUCCCCCUCUCAGUCUACGCAGUCUCAGCCGUCAUCACACCAGCAGCAGCAACGGACACUUACCAGUCAGGCAUGUUCAAAAAAGGAUGCUUCACCCAAGAUUUCGCCGAACGAACCCAAGAAAAAAACACAGCUGCUGCAGCAGCAGCAUUCAGCGCAACAGCAGAGCUCAGCUACAGUAGUUUUAGAUACAGCUGAAUCAAAACAGUUAAAGAAGCCAACUUCUCGCUCUGUUCCCCUUUCUCCUAAACACAAACCAAAAGACAAGCCUCUGACCACUAAACCCCCGAGCAGCAGUACUUUAAACUCGCAGAGCACUCCCUCGACUAGGGGCCAGGUGAAUUCUAGAGCACCCUGCGACGGAGUGCAUCGUAUCAGAGUGGAUUUCAAAAGGAACCAUGAUGUGGAGAAGGUGUGGGAGGCUGGUGGCCUCAGCCUGCUCACCUCUGUGCCUAUCACACCCAGGGUGCUCUGCUUUUUGUGUGCAAGCAGUGGAAAUGUGGAGUUUGUCUUCUGCCAGGUAUGCUGUGAACCGUUCCAUCUCUUUUGCCUGGGGGAAUCGGAGCGCCCUCUCCAGGAGCAGUUUGAGAACUGGUGUUGUCGACGAUGCCGAUACUGCCAGGCCUGUGGGCGCCAGCACCAGAAAACUAAACAGCAGCUGCUAGAGUGCGACAAGUGCCACAACAGCUAUCACCCAGAGUGCCUGGGUCCCAACUACCCAACCAGACCCACCAAGAAGAAGAGAAUCUGGGUUUGCACCAAGUGUGUGCGCUGUAAGAGCUGUGGCACCACGAAACCUGGGAAGUCCUGGGAUGCCCAGUGGUCACAUGAUUUCUCCAUGUGUCACGAUUGUGCCAAACUUUUUGCUAAAGGGAACUUCUGCCCACUGUGUGAUAAGUGCUAUGAUGAUGAUGAUUAUGACAGCAAGAUGAUGCUGUGUGGCCGCUGCAACCAUUGGGUUCAUGCAAAGUGUGAGAAUCUCACAGAUGAAAUGUAUGAACUGCUGUCAAAGCCAGAGAGCGUUGCCUACACGUGUACCAAAUGUACCGAACGACACCCGCCCGAGUGGAGGACGGCGUUGGAAAGGGAACUUCAGGGCUGCAUUCGCAACGUCCUCACUGCACUGCUCAACUCACGCACAUCCACACACCUGCUACGGUACAGACAGGCAGUGAAGCCACCAGAGCUGAAUCCAGAGACGGAGGAGAGUCUUCCAUCCCGUCGCUCCCCGGAGGGCCCAGAUCCUCCAGUCCUGACUGAAGUCACCCCCACACCUCCCAGCGACUCCCCUCCAGAUUUGGAGUCUGUUGAGAAAAAGAUGGAUCAAGGCCGGUACAAUUCAUUGCUGGAGUUUAGUGAUGACAUCGUGCGAAUCAUUCAGACAGCCAUCAACAGUGACGGAGGCCAACCUGAGAGCAGGAAAGCCAACAGCAUGGUCAAGUCCUUUUUCAUCCGGCAAAUGGACCGAACCUUUCCAUGGUUCAAAGUGAAAGAGUCCAGAUUCUGGGAAAGUCAAAAAGUCUCUGCCAACAGUGGGCUCCUCCCCAACGCUGUGCUGCCGCCGUCCCUAGACCACAACUACGCCCAGUGGCAGGAGAGACAGGAGCUUUCCCGUGCUGAGCACCCACACCUCAUGAAGAAGAUCAUCCCUGCUCCCCAGCCCAAGACCCCUGGCGAACCUGAUUCUCCGGCCUCCUCUCCUCCGCUACCUCCCUCUAUACUCCCACCGCCCCUACUCUUGCCUGAUCGCGAGGACAGCCCAGAGCUCCCUCCUCCACCAGGCGUCACUGAUAACAGGCAGUGCGUCCUGUGCCUGAAGUACGGAGACGAGAACACCAAUGAGGGAGGCAGGCUGCUGUACAUCGGUCAGAAUGAGUGGUCCCAUGUGAAUUGUGCUCUGUGGUCCGCAGAGGUCUUCGAGGAUGAUGACGGGUCUUUGAAAAAUGUUCAUAUGGCUGUUCUCAGGGGGAAACAGCUGCGGUGUGAGAAGUGUCAAAAGCCAGGAGCCACCGUUAGCUGCUGCCUUACCUCUUGCACCAAUAACUACCACUUCAUGUGUGCCCGCCAGUGCCACUGCAGCUUCCUGGAAGAUAAAAAAGUCUACUGUCCAAAGCACAGGGACCUCAUCAAAGGAGAAGUGGUGUCUGGGUUUGAGGUGACCCGCAGGAUCCUAGUGGACAUGGAGGGCAUUAAUCUCAGGAGGAAGUGGCUGGCAGGACUGGAGCCUGAAAAUGUCCACAUGAUGAUAGGCUCUAUGGCAAUUGAUUGUUUGGGAAUACUAACUGAACUCUCAGACUGCAAACGGAAACUCUUCCCUGUGGGAUACCAGUGUUCGAGGGUGUACUGGAGUACUUUAGAUGCACGAAAGCGCUGCGUGUAUACCUGCAGGAUCCUAGUUUGUCACCCUCCAGUGGCAGAUUCUGAUCUAAAGAACAUGAUGGCUCCUGAGGAGAAUCGUACAAUAGCACACAGCCCACCCUCCUUAACAGACUUUCCUGAUCCAUUUGAAUCACCAAGGCGCUCUGACACACUUUCCCCUGCCAACACCCCCAAGCUCAGGGUUUACACCAGGAACCGACAUCCCAGCUACCCCCCUUGUCAACGGUCAAUAGGUCCUCGUCCCAUGCCAUCUCCAGGAGGUUCUUCACAGCCCCAAAGUCACGAGAUUGUGACAGUGGGAGACUCCCUGGUAAAUCCCGGUACGCGGAAUAUUGAUUCACGUCGUCACAGCUCGCCUUCCCUCUCCCCUCCGCCUCAGCAGCUUAACAGACAGAGAGGAAUCACCGCCACAUCUCACAUUUUGUCACGACCCCUGACCUCACCCCCUCCGCUCAUCCCCUCCCCCGCCAGGGACCCCGAAAAGUCCAAACACUUCAGCAAAGACUCAGCAAGGAGUCCAGUACAAAAAGACGAAGAAAGAGGUCGACACCUCUCCUCGGACAGAAACAAACAGCAACCUUCCCGAGACCAAGCGACGAGAGAAGCAGACAAGGGGAGACUCCCGAGUCGAGAGCGCGAUUCUAAGGAUUCUGACAAGAGUAGAUCAUCCAGAGAACCUGGGCAGAAAGACUCUGACCGGAGUGAAAUGUCAACCAAAGAGCCAGAAAAGAGGAGGCCGCUGAGUAAAGACUCUGGUCUGAAAGACUUUGACAGAGGCAGACCGAUCAGUAGAGAUCAUUUAAGAGAUUCUGAAAAGGGGAGACAAACAAACAGAGACAAUGAGAAGGGAAAACAGGCGAGCAGAGAAUCAAGCACUAGAGAAACUGACAAAAGUAAGUCAUCCUCUAGAGAGCCCAGCUAUAAGGAUAUGGACAAAGCUAGGUCACUGAAUAGAGAUACAGGACUGCGGGACUCUGAAAAGUAUAGACCAUAUAGCAGGGAAACAGGAAAAGACUCAGGCCAAGGUAAAGACAGAUCAUCCAGCAGAGAUGCUGACAAGGGCAGACCUCCAUCUAGAGAUUCCAGUUAUAGAAGCACAGAGAGAAACAAAGACUCUGGCUCAGGGAAGGACAGUAAUGCAAACAGCCAGUCUAAACAUUCUGGAGGAGAGAGUAAGAACCCAAGACUGGGACCUGCAGGCUCAGGCCAGUCUUCCCCUCCUGUGGGCACUGCUGUUCACACAAGCCAGCAGAGAAGUGGCAGCACCAAGCAGACAGACAAGCAAGGGAAACAUGGAAGCAAAGAUCAGGAUGUUUCUGCAAGCCUCAGUUUGUUGCCUCGUCAGCGGUCCAGCCCGGCGUCCAACAAUAACCAGAACAAGGACAAGCCCAGCUCAGGGAAGGAGAGUAGUAGCAGCACUGGAAAUUUAAUAUCAUCAUCACUCCAUAAGGACUCUGUUGUUGGAAAAUCCGGCUCCCCACAGCCUCCAUUUCAGAAGUCCAGUACACGGAAAUCAAACGAGUACUCGUCAGGUUCAGCCACAGCAGCGACCACAAAGCCUCUGUGGCCUUCGAGGACGUCAGCGGAGGAUGAUGCUGUUAAACGAGGCUCCGUGCACCUGGCCUCUCCAGCUGCAGCCUCAGCUGCCAAAGAUAAACACCCCAAAGUUAAAACAGCAGGCAGCAGAGAUGUGUCCAAAGACCGUGACAGAGAGAAGACCUUUCAAAACAUCAACAUCAGCAACAAGAUUCCCCUUCUCAACAAUAAUGCUAAAGCUGCCGGCAGCUCCAACACGCAUGCUACCAACCCCACUUCUCACAACAGCAGCAAAAGCAAAGCUCCAAUGCUAGGAAACAGCACCAAAGGCCAUGGGAAGGCUCAGGGAGAGAAGCAUGAUACCCAGGGCGGGGACAGGUCAUCCUCAAAGAACAGAGACAGUUACUCCUGUCCAGAGAGGAAGAACAGUUCUAGCCUGGACAACUUGCACCAGACUAUGAAGACCUCUUCACAGUCUCACAGCAAGCAAGCAACUAACCAGCUUUCAUUGUCCUCCAGAGAGAAAAAGCGAUCAAUUAAACCCCCAGCUACAGCUCCGCUAAAGACUGAUAUUAAGAGUGACCCUAAUGGAACCACCACCGUUACUAGUAUUUCUUCAUCCUCCUGCCCCACGACCACUGCCCCCAUAGUGUCUCCUGCUGGCCAGGGGAGUCAUCGCUCUGCAUGUACUGUUCUUUUCUCCUCUGCCAGCAGCAGUGACAGCUCUGAGUCUGACACCCAGACUCACACAGAGGAAGAGGAACUGCAUAAAGAGCGCCCACGCGGAGAGCUCAGAGACCACCGCGGUCUCCACGUGCAAGGCACUGAGGAUGAGGGCGUUGGCCCCGAAGAUGACCAUGACAGGGGUAUGGAGGAUAAACAUCACGAAGAUGACAGUGACGGAUCAGGGUCGGCCAAGCGGCGCUACCCUCGACGCAGCGCACGCGCACGCUCCAACAUGUUUUUCGGCCUCACGCCUUUCUAUGGGGUUCGCUCGUACGGUGAGGAAGACCUUCCUUUUUAUGGCAGCGGCGACGGAGCCGGGACUGUGGUUAAGAGGAGGACGGGUGGCCGCAAGAAGUCAGCUGAGGGGCAGGUCGAUGGAGCGGACGAUAUGAGCACCACGUCUUCAUCUGGAGACAGCGGAGAGGAUGAAGACAGUGGAAUGAAACAUAGGGGUAAGGAUCCUUAUUACUACAACUUCACUCGAACAAUAAUUAACCCUGGUGAGGGCCUGCCAUCUAUAGAAGGAUUAGACCAGUGUCUGGGAAGGGGAUCCCAGCUUCAGCGUUUUCUAAAGGACGAGGAGCAGCAGCAACGAAGGGCUCAGCAAAAAGCUGAAGAGGACAUGCUGAGCGCUUUGACCUUGGGCAACCAGCGUAUCGGCCAGCUUGAUGGCGUCGAUGAUGGGUCGGAGAGUGAUACCAGCAUCUGCACCACCAGCACCACAACCACUACGGCCACCUCCUCUUCCACCACACACAAAAGCACUCCCAAGAGGAGAGGCAGAGAGAGGCACACUGAGAAGGCCGACUCCCACGAGUCAAGCAAAGAGGCCGACAGCAGCGGUGGAGCAGUUAGUGGAAACACCCGAGAAGGCAGAAAAAACCAGAAGGAAAAUUGUCUUCCACUCGGAGGUGGGGUCAAGUCCCAGCCGCAGAGUCAGGGUCAGGAUCCUCUCGAGGCCCAGCUGUCCCUCAGCACAGACCUGCUUAAAUCCGACUCUGACAACAACAACAGCGAUGACUGUGGGAACAUUUUGCCAUCAGAUAUUAUGGAGUUUGUCCUGAACACCCCCUCUAUGUCAUUGCCAGCUCUGGGUCAGCAGUCUGAGCCAUCUUCUUCUGAGCUGCUGCUGGAUGAGAGCUAUGUUGGAGUGGAUGUCAACAGACGUAAAGACAUUCUGUUUGAUGACUUCUCCGAGCCGCUGCCCAGUGCGGAAAGCGGAGGGGUCGUAGAGAGUAGUGUGAAUAGCUCAAUAUCUGUGGAGGAGCCGUAUCUUCCUUUGGAGCUGCCGUCUGACCUCUCUGUCCUGACCACACGCAGCCCGACUGUCAGCAGCAGUCAGAACCACAGCGCUGGGAGUCUCAUCUCAAAUACCUCAGACCGCACCAUGCUAGGCUUGAACUCGGACACAGAGACCAUCAGCGGGGAAAAGAGUGGGGACAAAAAGAGAACGGGGCCAGGCGUGUCACCAUCAGAGAAUCAGCACGAUGGUACGUCAUUGGCAACCAGGGAUACGCAGGUCUCAGAAGGUCAUAUGACUCCUGAGCAGUUUAUUCCUAGCCCUGCUAUUGGCCAGGUAGUUGAGGCACCAGCUAACCAGGAUAUUCCGAGGAGUUCUGGUACUCCCGGUUUGCCAAGUUCACCCUCCCUGCCUCUUCAGGGUCAGAAAUACCUCCCGACUUCAGCAGCAGCAGCUGCAGGCAGCGCCAGUCCAGCACCGGGCCCAGGACCUUCCCAGGCUCAAGUAUCCAGCCCAGCAGUCAUCAAACCAGGUCCUGACAAGCUUAUUGUAGUCAAUCAACAAUUCCAGCCUCUCUAUGUCCUCCAGACUGUCCCUAAUGGUGUCACUCAAAAGAUUAGUGCAACAGGAGUGAUGGAUUCUAGCUCGCCUGCAGUGCUAAGCUCCAUGACACUUACCACGGGGUUAAAUACUGGCUUGUCUUCAGCCCAAUCAAUAUUUCCUGCUGGGGGCAAAGUUCUGGGUACCAUGCCUCACCCCUCUCAGAUUCACACCUUCACAGGACCCACACAGACAGGCUUCCAGACAGGAAUCCCUAGCACCACCUCAGGACUUCUCAUUGGUUUGCCGUCUCAGUCCCACGACCAGUCCCAGAUUCUGGUCUCGGAGGCCGGUCGACCACACGAGUUGGGUCCCAGUGUUGCCAUAGUGUCGAGUCCGUCCUCUCUCACCUCUUCCCCAACUGUACUUGCCUCUGCUCAUGGCAAAAAGAGACCCAUAUCUCGUCUUCUGCCAAGAAAAAGCAAAAAGUCAGGGCGCUCCCGUAACCAGCCCACUCUGGCCCCGUCUGAAGUAGGCCCUCCCAAUAUGACCCUCAUCAACCUGUCUUCCCCUCAGAUUACUGCUAGCAUCCCCGGUCAACCUGGUGGCCUAGUUGAGUUAAGCACUCUCUCCACUUCUCAACGCAAGAUGCCCAAUAUAAUCAAGAGACCAAAAUCCGGCGGGGUGAUGUACUUAGAUCCCACUACUCUUCUUCAGCAGAGGCUUUCUGGUCCUGCCCAGCCCGGUAUCUUGAGCCACGAUUCCUCUGCUCAUCUCCUGCCUUGCUCAGUCUCUGGCUUGAACCCCAGCCAGUCAGUGUUAAAUGUUGUGUCUGUUCCCCCUAGUGGCGCAGCUGGACUUCUUGCCCCAGGAUCAGUAUCACUCUCCACCCCUGUUCUCAGCUCAACUGAGAUCACAGGGCAGAUUAGCAACCUCCUUUUUAAAGCAAGUCCACACGGCCUGGGCCUGUCAGAUCAGCCUGUGGUCCUUCAGUCAGCAGGAGGAGCUCCCCUGAUGUCACAGCUAAGCUCCCCUGUUCAGACAUCAAUAGCUAGCAGCAUCUGCGUCCUGCCCUCCCAACAGACUAUCAACAUGGCUGUCAACCAGCAAGGAGAGACAGACGCCAGCAGUAUUCACUUACAACAUCAGUCUCAACCCGUUAACAGACCCCAGCCCGUGGACUCAUGUCCAAACAGCACCGUUACUUUAGCUCCUGCUCCAUCCACCCCUCUAAGUCCCGCCAAGGGACGUGUUGUUGGAGUGUUCACGCAAACACAGACAUCCAUGCACUCCCAGAGCAGUAGAACAACUCCUAUUUCCAAGUUAUCAGAGCAUAUGUCACCUACCUCCACAGUAGUGUCAGCAGCAACUGCAGUUUCAGGAGCAGAGAAAGGCAAACAGAAAGGCAAGAGGAGCAGGCAGAGUCCAGAUAUAAGCAGCGGGAAGAAGCUUAAGGCCUCUCUGCCUGAGGAACAUUUCAGCAACCCUGCAGGACAGCACCCAUCCUCUAACCCAAGCUCCAAAGAGCUGAGCUCCCCUGAGCCAAUGGACACAGGAAAGCCCCCGGAAAAGACGACCAACAAGAGUGUACUUGGUAAAAAGAAGACAUCCGAAGGACACGUUUUACCAGGGAAAGUGGUGGGAAAAGACAAACCGCAUGCAGCUGGAGGAGCAGGCUCUCUUCCUGUGGCCUCACCGCCCGACCAGGAUGGCAACAGCAGGGAUAACGGUUUAGACAGCAAACCCAAAAAGGGUAUCAUCUUUGAAAUCUGCAGUGAGGACGGGUUCCACAUCCGCUGUGAGAGUAUUGAAGAGGCCUGGAAAUCCCUGACUGAUAAAGUGCAGGAAGCUCGCUCCAGUGCACGACUCAAAAAGCUCUCCUUUGAAGGUGUGAACGGACUGAGGAUGCUCGGGGUCGUCCAUGAGGCUGUAGUCUUCCUGUUGGAGCAGCUGUAUGGCACCAGGCACUGUCGAAGCUAUCGCUUCCGCUUCCACAAACCGGAGGAAACGGACGAACCUCCCAUCAACCCCCACGGCUCGGCUCGUGCAGAAGUCCACCACAGGAGGUCAGUAUUCGACAUGUUCAAUUUCUUGGCCUCAAAACAUCGCCAACCUCCUGAGUAUAGGCCGCAGGAAGACGAUGAUGAUGAAGUGCAGCUCAGGACUGCCAGGCGUGCCUCCAUGGAGCUUCCACUUGCUGUGAGAUUCAAACAGCUCAAGGCCACCUCGAAGGAGACUGUGGGGGUCUACAGGUCUCCUAUCCAUGGCCGUGGUCUCUUCUGCAAGAAAACCAUUGAAGCAGGAGAAAUGGUCAUCGAAUACUCUGGGAACGUCAUUCGGUCUGUGCUCACUGACAAACGGGAGAAAUACUACGAUGGGAAGGGCAUUGGCUGCUACAUGUUUCGCAUCGAUGACUAUGAGGUGGUGGAUGCCACGGUGCACGGCAACGCCGCCCGCUUCAUCAACCACUCCUGCGAGCCCAACUGCUACUCCCGGGUGAUCACCGUGGACGGCCAGAAGCACAUCGUCAUCUUCGCCUCGCGCCGCAUCUACUGCGGGGAAGAGCUCACCUAUGACUACAAGUUCCCCAUCGAGGACGCCAGCAACAAGCUGCCGUGCAACUGCAGCGCAAAGAAGUGUCGCAAGUUCCUCAACUGAUGCCCGUACCUGAAGGACCUUAACGAGGACUGUUGAGCAACAGCACCGCAAUGACCCGCAGCACGCGGCUUUGUGGCGAUUUCAUGCGUCCGGUCUACGAUGGACCACAGCUGUGAGCAGGCCAGGAGCUCCGUCGGCACCCUCUGCUGAUGGUUUUGAGCACAGCAGGCUCAGCAGCUGUCGGUUGCACUGUAUAUGCAGGAAGGGCCAUUUUUUUGGAGGACGGGCCAUUUGUAGAAAUACCAACAUAUUGUGCCUCCUUAUGUCUCGUUUUCAUUUGGCACUCAGAGGUGAGUCAGAAAGUCAUGUCAGAAGUUCCCCCUUCAUAAUUUAUUUAUAUUUUUGUUUUUAUACAUUGGCCCAUCCUCCUUAAUUUUCUAAAUGUUUUGGUCUACUUGUGCUGAGAUGUGAACACAGAAGGAAAAAAAAAAUCAAAGAACUUGGUUCAAUUUUACACCAAAGUGCAAUUUGUUGAAGGGACUUUUACUAAAGGUAAAAAUUAGAAAAUUGUUAGAAAUUCUUUUAUUUUUUAUGUUGAUCUAAGUGUCAGCUGUUAUUGAUGCACAUCUCCCCGUCUGAAUGUGCCCCGAUGCCUUCAGAAUUGUUGUGAUUUUACUGGAACCUUCCCCUAAUCUGACUUUUUGUUUUCCCAAAGAAGAAGAAGGAUAAAAAAGCGUGUAGGUGUGUACAUUUAACACUGUAAAUAGGAGCUGCUCGUGUAUGGCAGCCUGAUCAGAGCCGUGCAGGUUGAAACACUAGGGGGAGCAGUCGCCACAGGAAGGAAGAGAGGAAAUAACAAAGAAGGGAGAAAAAGAUUCGUUUUUGUCAGUUUGUGUAAAGGAUGAUAUCUGAGGUUGAUACCAUCUUAAAAUUGACUUUCAGUCUGACAGCUUGGUAGCUACAUGAAAGUGAGAUGAAGCCUCUGGCCUGAGAGAGCGAGGCAGCUAGAGAUUCUGGUGGACUGACAGCCGAGGGACCAGAGAAACCUACUGAUGUGCUUGAGUAGACGUAUUUAUAAUUGAUUUUUCUUUUUUUUGUGGGACGGGGGCCUGUUUUCCAGACGCAGAGACGUCUGCAAGUUUGUGCAUGCUGUUGUUGUUAUCAAACUCGUUCGGGUAAUCGUAUAAGCUUGGACUUUUGAGUCACUUUCCAAAUUACAGCAGCAAAGAGAACCAAACUUUUGCGCCCUUGAAUUGAAUUUUUCACUCGGCUUGUUUUCUUCUUGGCCUGUUGUGAUAAACAUACUGAUAGAAAGGAGGAAAAAAAGUUUUCUUUUUUAUUUGUAUUAAGUCUUCUAAAGUCUUGUCUCUUUGUCUGUCUUUUUAUUAUGGACAGGGAAAUAUCAUGCUUGCUUUUAAAAAAAUAAAUGUAAAUAAUGUAUAUUUUUCUACAAAAAAAACCUUAAAAGCACUCACUAGUGAAUAGCACUUAAUGAUGGUAUUUAUAUUUUUAAAAAAUUGUAUUUAUUUUAUUGCCAUUUUUGUAGAAAAUAGGGGUUUACAAACACUAAUACUUGGUCUCUAUGUUUUGUAUCCCGCUGCCUUUCAGAGUUUUUGUUUGUUUGUUUUUUUAAUAAUUUUUUUUGUUUUCUUUUUUAAAUUCGUACCCUGAAUGUUUUCUUUGAUUCCAAAGACUGACGCUGGUCUAUCUAUGGCUUGGUCCCCAUUUAAGUUCAGUCCACCAGUAGCUCUUUUAUCUAUCCUGGGCCGUUUGGUCAGAGCUGACAUUUUUCUAUUAUUUUGUUAAUAUUAUUAUUAUUAUUAUUAUUAUUAUUUUAAUUGUUCCAGUCCUAGCUAACAGUAUGGCAGUCAUGUGAACUACUAUUAUGCACUUGAGAGAGAGUUUAGAUUGUUGAUCCAUAGCGACAUCUCCUCUCUCCAGCCUUAUUGUCUCCACACCACAUCAAACCGAGGAUAGAGCCCUCAUGGAGGCGAUUCUAUCAAAGUGGUUCGGUCACUAAUGAGCCACGGGUCGACAGGCUUGCAGCCGAUUGGCAAUAUAUGAAAUAUUGAUUGAUAUGUAAAAACCCCACAAAGAUUCCCGUCAGUUUAAGGCAUUAUGUCCCUCUGAAGACUUUGGCUAUAAUGAAGAGGUGCCUUUAUUUUAAUGCUACCUAUAGCAGUCAUCAUAUCCGACUAGAGCCAUUGUAUACAUUAAAAGAAGCAUGGUGUUGUGGUGACUGCUCAUCAGUGCUCACCCGCAAUUUAAAAUCGUUCUUAUUCCUUCAUCCAGUCUCCUCAUAAUUCACCUCAGUUCGUAAAUGCCUCUUCUCUCUUAAACAAAGAGUGACUGGUUCCACUGAGCGACUGAAGCCGAUUGGUCCGUUUGUCCCUUUUAAGGAAUUCGUCAUCGUGACUUCAUUGUCGCCUUUUAAGGUCGUUAGCGGCUCGCCCCUCAACCACCCUCUCAUUUGUUUUUGUGAAAGUGAAGCUGAAACGGGUUGCACUUUAGCUGUGACACAGGCACUGAACCGGCAUAGGAAAAGCUCCCAAUACUGAAACCAGAAGCACAGACCGUCUCUGAGUUUGUGCGACAGGCCCUGAUAUUUGAAAUUUAUGGAUUGGUGUCGAUGACUCCGACAGUGGUGUUUGAGGCUCUAGCAAAGUGCACUUGACUCUGUUUUUAUUUAAAUUUUUUAUUGUUUUACUUCAACAAAGUGAAGGCAGGGACCACACCAGCAGCCCUCUCCUUCCUGACGGUGCGGCGCGUACAAACCUCGGCUGCGCUUUUCCCACAGAGAGCCCUGACGCCUCCGCCGGCGGGCCAGCUGGGCGUACGCAGACCUGCACCGACAACCGGGCUCGCUGGGUUCUGCUGCUAAAGGUCAACGAUGAAUGUAUAUUCUUCCUCCACAUCACCCAACGUGGGUGGAUGUUGAUGCUUUGUCAGCUAUAUUCGUUUAGGGGUUUUUUUGUUGCUUUUUUUUUUUUUUUUAGUUUUUUUUUUUUUUUAAGUUGUCAUGUCAGCAACCCCUGGUAGAUGUGGAAGAUAUGUCGAUACGACCUCAAAGCCAGGGAGCAGUUUCAUUUCAGCACUGGGAUUAACACUGAGGCGUAAAACAGCGGGCGGUGUUUUCUGUCUGUAGGACAACAGGUUAGCUCAAACAGUUCACGCUAGCGUCGGCCGGCGCCAAGGGCUCUGUCUACGACUCUCUCUUCACGAGAGCCACUUCUGCUUUUUUCAGGGUCAGAGGGUGUUCAGUGACGACAAGUCAUUUAUUUCACUGUUUUUAAAAUGGCAUAGAUACAAAUAAGGAAGUAGUCUGCUGUUUCUUUGGUCUUCAUUUUACCACGCCACACCAGUGGCACUUCUCCGUCAUUAUCUGUAAUUAUAGUAUAAAUACUUAACAAUAUUAUACGGAAACAUGCAUAGUAAUUUCUUGUACUUUAGUAUCUAUACAAUAUAUGGAAUGGACAGACAAACUUAGUUACAGUAGCAAAAACAGCAGAUUUAUAAUGGUUAAUAGCAAUGUUUCAAUGUACUCUAUAAUGGUUUUGUGUUACAGUACUAUCCGCUGAAACUAACGUGCAUCAUUCUUUUGUAUAUUGAUAUCCAGUACCAGUUUUGCUGUGCCUGUGAGCGCUCCUUCGCAGCAGCAGGGAGCGUUGCAGUUCUUUUUGUUUUAUUUCUGGAACGGAACUUUUUUUUUUUUUUUUUUUUUUUUUUUUUUUUGGUAGUUUUUUGUUUGUUUGUUUUUUUGUUGUUUUUUUUAAUGUGAUGAGAAAUGUAACUGUAUUAAUGUGGUUGUGAACUUCUUGAGGUCAUCCAUUUUUUCUGGUUGUUGUAGUGAAUGUUUUUUCUUUUUUAAUUUUUUCUUUUAUUAUUUUUAUUAAUUUUGUUUUUUUCAUGUUUUAACAGGGACUUUUUCGACUGCUUACUUGAUGCGGUAAAAAUUAAGAGAUGGGUUUGUGGAGGCUUACCAGGAUUUUAAAGAUACCACCAAAAUGGCGUUUUUCUUUUAAUUUUUUUUGUUUUUAUUUAUUUGGUUUAUGUUUUUUGUUUUUGUUGUUUUUUGAUCAGGUUUUUUUUUUUUUCUCGUUGGAAACCUCUCACGUCUCCCUGACCACCUCUUUAUCUCUCUCUCUCCUAUGAAGCUUUUGGUUGUACUUAUCAUGUACUGUUUUUGUAGAAAGUCAUAAUGCUGAUGUUGAAAACAUUUAAUUUAUUUAUUUCGUGCAACAUCCACCCUGAAUUGUUCUUUUACAAGUCAAGGUUUUGGAGAGGUCAGACAAGUACUUAAACCUGUAUUUGUAAUUUUUCUGAUUGUUUCUCAUGUAUAGACGUUAUCAGCCUAGGGUGGGUUGCGGUGUCGCAGUAGGACGUGAAAAAGAGGGAUCACGAACGGGCUAGUUUGUUUCGCCUUGAUUAUCUGCCGUUGUCUUAUCAUUUUCUUCCUGCUCUCUGUAAUAACGGUAUUCACAGCAGUCAUAUUUUCUCCCAUAAAACCGGCGAUCUUUCUUUGUACACAUCAACGAAAUGAAGGAAAACCACCACCGUGAAAAUAAACCACAAACUACUUGGUUGAAUGUAUAAUUUGGAAACAAAGUUGUACAUAAGUGUAAAAAGAAAAGUUUCUAAUCAUGUUUAUUUUCUAUGCACUUUUUUAUUUAAGUGAUAGUUUAAAUAAUAAACAUGUCUCCUUUA